AAAGUGUAAAAACGGCAGAUCAUUCCCAGUUUCGGAAGCGAGGAAAAAAAUAUCAUCAAAUAGUCUUUUUUUGUUUGCUGCUGCAAUUGGUGUUGUUGUUUUGCUUUGCCGAAUCCGAGAGGACAACGGUGGGGACGACGCAAACAACGUCCACACGGCGGUGAACACGUUGAUUUUAUUGCUGUUGCUGUUACGUUUUCAGUCGUUCCGUGUUUUGCGAAGACGUGCGGGAAUUUUUUGACAAUUUCGAGUGUCGAGACGCAAAUCCGCGAUAUUGGGGCAAAGGGUUCAUCACAAUUACCGGUAAUGAGUGAUACGAUUGGUGGGGUUAACAUGUCGUGACUGAAGGGUGUGAAGCACGUGUACCGUUGUGUGUGUUUCUGUGACUAUCGUGAAAAAACGCACCGCCCUUUUCCCAGAGCCGAGUCCCACAUUAAGCCGCGAUCAGAGCCGGUGGCAAAGGAAGGGAAGAAGUGGCAAGUGCAAGUGAGUGUGUGUGGAGAAAAAAAAUGUAAACACCAUUAGUGAACAAAAAGUGUAAUGAUAAUUGUGUCAAUCAGUUUUUAUUUUCCAUUGAAAUCGAUUUCGUGCAAUAAUGUUGAUCGAUGUUUGUCCCCGGAUGGAAUCCGAUCGCUGGCAGCGCAAAGCGGUAAAGUGAAGUGCGGUGGCUGAAGACGUGCGUUCGGGUUAUUGUGUUUCAUUCAUAAAACGUGAUUGAAUUGAACCGCAGUGGCAUCGGCGCAGAAUUCUGGGCGCCAUUCCCGAGACAGGGUGAAGCUUGAAAGCUUAUUCCUUGCCGUUGCUGAAUUGCUGGGAUUUUAUCAUACACACACGCACGCAUAUAGCACACUCCCAAUGCAAUUGGGAGAAAUUGGAAUGAUAAUAACAGAAGACCAACGGGGCCAAUAACGACAUCGCGUGUUGGGCGGAAUUAUUGAAAACCCUGGUCAGGGUUCACGUGCAAAUGCAUUCUGCUCCCAGCGGGGGAAGUGUUUUCCAACUAAUCAAUUGCUCGUUACACUAGUUUUAACCCUUGCUGGGCAAACCCUUGUGCUAUGCUAGCCGAAUCGAACCUGGAUGGUAGCAAAUUUAGUAGCCAAUUCCGGCCACAAACACGUUGAAAGCCAGAACGCAAUGUGCCAUUGUCUUUUGAGGCCAGUGGGUGUAUCAGUGACGGAAGUAGCAGUGGUAAUAGCGACAGCGGCGGAGAGUUCAAGAUAUGUAUCCGUGGUAUAGAGAGGCCCCGCUAAGUGUUGGACAAAUCUGCAGCCCCCUGACGGGUGUAGCGACGGGCGCCACGACAAUCAAGACUGAGGUCGGCUACAGUGAUUGCAUGUUAGAUUUUCACAGUAAGAAAACACCAUCAUCCUUCCACUGGCUUUCGGACGCCACAAACAACAACGACUAUUCGAAGGCCAACAAUAACCACCACCACCACAAUCAUCACCACCACCAUAGCAUCUGUAGACAUCCGGAAGACUCAAAGCCCGCACUAAGUUGUGGUUCUCCUCGAUCCGCAGGUAACGGAACGCAUCACAGCGGCAGCAGCACCGGAGGGGGACCCACCUCUGGACACCAUCCAUCGGCGGCGGCAUCGGAGGGAGCGACUCCCGACUCCAGCAGCACGACGGCGACCGCAGCGAUACCCAACUUCAACCAGAUGCCCGUGCCGGGUUCGGUCCAGGGCCAGAACCCCACCCAGGGUCUGGUCCACUGGAUGAGCGCCGUGAUGGCCGAACAUAUGACCUCGAACUCGCACCACGACUCGGCUGCCGUCGGGAUGCACUAUAUGUGGAACGGACCGGUCGAGCAAUGUGGGCAGCACACCAAAGACAUGGACUCAUACAGCGGCUGGCCUGCACCGAGGAACCACAUGUCUAUGAAACAAGGAUACGAGGCGAAAAUGAAUGCGGUCGAUCAUCACCACCAUCAUCAUCACAGCUCCCUGCAGAAAGGUCACAUGAUUGACGACGGCCGGCUGCUGGAUCACCACGGAAUGCAAUCGGCUCAGAUGAGUCAAAUCUACGGAGCCCGUGGAGCCUCCAGCAACGGUUCCCCCGGUGGGCCUCAUAUGCAUCCGAAUUCUGCCGCCCUCCUCGUCGUCCCGCAGCCCAUCAAUGCAACCAAAAUAGGAGCCGCUCUGCCCAACGGGACAGGCCGGAAGUACCAGUGCAAAAUGUGUCCCCAGAUAUUCACAUCGAAGGCCGAUCUCCAGCUGCACACACAAAUUCACAUGCGCGAAGCAAAGCCCUACAAAUGUUCUCAAUGCAAUAAGGCGUUCGCCAACUCGAGCUAUCUCUCGCAGCACACGCGGAUACACCUGGGCAUAAAGCCGUACCGGUGCGAGAUCUGCCAGCGAAAGUUCACCCAGCUGUCCCACCUGCAGCAGCAUAUCCGAACCCACACGGGCGACAAACCGUACAAAUGUAGACAUCCUGGCUGCCUGAAGGCGUUCUCGCAGUUGUCAAAUUUACAAUCACAUUCCCGCUGUCACCAAACGGACAAACCGUUCAAGUGUAACUCGUGCUACAAGUGCUUCUCCGAUGAACCAUCCUUGCUGGAGCACAUUCCCAAGCACAAGGAAUCGAAACACCUGAAAACCCACAUCUGUCAGUAUUGCGGCAAAUCGUACACCCAGGAGACUUACCUUUCGAAGCACAUGCAAAAACAUGCUGAGCGAACCGAUAAGCGACCUCCGAUCGGAGCACGUAGCAGUAGUAAUACGUUGAAUCUCAAUACGAACACGACCAUCCCACCUGCUAUGACCGGUGGUGAGAAUCCGUACUGGCCGAAGGUGAGUCCGGACUCGGCAGCGAAUAUGCCGGACGUUAUGCAGCAACCUCCCCAGCAAGUUCAACAGCAGCCGCAGCAGACCCAGCAGAGUCACCACGAUUUCAGUCUAAAUCAACAACCCAAUGCCAACACCCAAACUCCCAAUGGGCCACACAACCCGGGCCCCGAACUGCACCAUCAUCGUGACGAGAACGACGAUUUGGUGGUGAGUGGUCGUCAAAAUCCUGCCAACAUGAACGGCACCAGCAUUCCGAUCCCACCUUCCUCUACACCGAUGUCCGGAAGCUACGACACCAGCAGCAUAGCGAAGGCGACGCCCAAUUCGGCCUUCACGCCGAUCAACUCGAUGCCACCGCACCUGAACACCCUCCAGCAUCAUCAUCAGCUCUCCCAGCGGCCCUAUCUGUACGAUGCCAUCAGCUUUCAGAACCAGAAAUCGAUCAACCAGAGCCCGUCGAAUGCGUUCCCGAACCAGCUGAUCUCGCUGCAUCAGAUACGGAACUAUGCCCACCAGCCGGGUGGUGGAUUAAUGGCCGGAGAGCAUCUGCUGGGGGUAACCGUAGGCGCGGGGGGAAAAGAUAAGGGUUAAGAAGCGGGUUUCGAGAGGGUAGAUUGGGAGGCACGGUGGUUGAAAGGGAUGUGAGGCGGGACCGAAGAGAUAUUGGUGGUGUUGGUCGCAAGAAACUCUCCAAAGGGAGGAGAAAACUGAUGCGUGAAAAAAACAAUCCAUGGCUCGUCAGAUUUAUUAUUUUGAACUAAUCUACCAGGCAUGGUCCAACAUUUUCGUAAACGAAAAAUUACCUUUCCUCUCAGUCGCUUCAUUUCUAGAAGGUACAUUUCCAUAAACGUCUUCCUCUUUCUUGUUAUUGAGUCUCAAUGAACGCAUUUUCUGCGAAACAUGACACGUUCAUCAGUUAUUUUCGCUCUCAACGCUCUUAACGAAUUCAUUCUUGGUUGAAGCAAACUGUCGUUUUAAUUGGCGUGGCGUAUGCAUUCGCAUAUGUAGAGGAGAUGUGUCUAAAACGCACCUACCAGGCAAUUUGACCCGCCUGAUUUUCUCGUAAACCAGUAAGAAUAGAAAUGCAAUGGAUACAGGCAAUCGUGCUAGUUAAUGAUAGAAUCCCGCCAUGCAAGUUUUACAUUUGUACCAUGCUUUAGAAAAAUAAGAAAAAUAAUGUUCUUUUGAAGCGAUUUUCGAUGUCAUUUUCUACAUCAUUUCUAUAAGGUUUUUGUUGCUUGAAACCGAUUCAGAGGCGAUAACUGUGGGUCAUAUUUAUUGAGUCGAGUUCCCAGUGAAUAUUUCAGAUGAAGGAAAUGGUAAGAAAGGAUGCAUUUUCUUCUCAAUUUGAUAUUUUCCGCAUCAGCUUACCAUCGGGCAGUAUGGCAUACCCUCGAUCGGGGCAAUAUGCUCACUUUCGGCCGGAUAACAUUCUCACGAGAGAAAUAGUUUGGAUGUGAGGGAUGCCAGAUGAUGUUUUCAAAUAUCUUUGCAUGGCCCGAAUAAAUGUCAUCAAAUGUAAUCAUAAUGAACAAAAAUGAGCAAACCAUCACGAUAUUUCUAAAUCAUGUUCGAUAAAUCACACAAACAAUUGUUUUCACAUACUUUGAAAUUAAAUGUCUUCCAAACGAGAACGUGUCUUCACAUCUGGCAUCUAUAUUGUGUGCUCAGAGAAUGCAGGAAAACAAAAGCGCGAACUGAAGAACUAAUACACUGGGAGAACACGCUCACCGGAGAAACGGUUUCUUCUCUUCGCUGGUGGACAUGAAGAGAAUAGAUUGAUAGAAUCUCUCAUUCAUACAAGCUGUUUCUCUGAGCUUUAUAGUCUCUGAGAGAAACAACUCAUGGGCAUAUUAUACAUCUGCUGGGCCAUUUAACACCGUUUGAUUGGAAAUUUAGAAUUUGGGCGCCUUAUAAAAUAAAAUUCAUAGCACUUUUGUUAUUUUGUUAUUCUAAAAUACAGAACGAUUACAGAUGAAUGAGGGUUAACUAAUCUACGUGCUGACGUAGUUGUUAUCUUAAAUUUUAAAAGCACGGUCAAGAUAAAUCCAUUCUCGCUUAGGGGGUGCGUAUUACAUACUUCUCCUAUACAUCUAUCUCUUCCUUCAAUUUGACUAUUUCUCCACACCGACAUGCACUUCGUUGCCCAUGUAUAUAAUGUAAUUUUAACGUCCAUAUAGAGUGAAACGAAAACUUGAUUUCUGAUGCAAAAAUGGUUGGGUUAUAUCCAGCGUUGCCAAUGUUCCAGUUUAAACUGGAUUAUUCCAGUUUUUUUUCUCGAUCCAGUCAUCCAGUUGAACCCUAAAAUCAUCCAGUUUUUUGGAAUAUCGUCCAGUUUUAUCCAGUAUUUUUUAUAUGUGUAGUUACCCAUUUGAUGUAAAAUAAAUUUACGAUGAUAGAUAUUAUCUCUACCCCUACCUUCCUAUUUUUGACAUUUAUCGUACGAUCAAUUUCGUUCAAUUCGUCGGUGUUUUGUUGAAAAUGCCAAAACAAAGAGAUUUUCCGAAUGCUGGAAACUCAAAAAACUACUUCAAAAACAGGGUAUUACUCAAUUUUUGUCUUAUUAAACAGCCUACCCAAAAAUCAACGUGCAACUCUGUGUUUCAAUUUAUAAAAAUAUCAGAUUUUGAGGUCCUCCAAACCAUUCUGAAGUUGAGACUAUUUGAUCUGCCAUUUCAUCCACGACUGGUACAAUGCUCAUAGCAAGAAAACUUACCCAAAAUAGUUCAUAGAGCCCGCGUGCCAUACGUUGCAUAAAAUGCAUAUGAACCAUAGUGUAUAUUUCGUAAAAAACAUACUAUGCAUAUUUUUUCAAAAAUGCUUUCUCGAGCAAGAGGAAAUAUCUAAGGAAAUCUCAUCUUGAUCUUGAUACCGAAAAUUGGUUUGGACACGCCUAAUAUAAGAUGUAAAUAAGCAAUGAAUAAUACCAACAAAAAUUGAGAGAAAUAGCUUCUCAAUUCCGAAAUUUGAUCAUUUUUGGUAUUUUGGUAUUGGCAAUACUUGAGCAGUGUUGUUUUGGCAUUGUAGUAUUGAAACAAUAAUGUGGAAAGUUGUUUAUGGUAUUUUCUCAUGAUUAUAUCUCAUGCUAAUCCGUACCGAGACUCCGAGACUGUUCAAGUUUUGCCCAAAAAAACCAUCUCUCAUAUAUUGUUUCACAGUAAUUACAGUUACAGUUUUAUGAGCUACAUAUAAAUACUACGUGAAGCUUGAAAGAAAAUUCUAUUUCUCAAGCAUUGGAAUAGGUAAAAAAAUAAUUUUAGAUAAAUCACAGCCGAUCAUCUCAAGGGGGUAGUACACUAUGGAAACUUGAAUAAAAUAAAAUAAAAUAUUUCUGGCUUAAAAUGUUCUCUUAGAUGUCUACUUUACUGUAGUUAAGUUACAAGCCAAUUAGUGGACCUAAGUCUUUGCGUAAGGAGCGCGGAUCCAAAAUUUAAUGCCUGUUUUUCUCGAAACUAUGUUUUGCAAACAAGAUUUUAAUGAAAUAGAUUUUCCAAGAUUCUCCACUAAAUUUCCUGUCAUCGUACGUAGGAUUUUUUGAUAUUUUGAAAAAUAUAAUUUUGGUAAAUGUUUUUGUCUAAAACAUGUCAAAAAAUGUUACCAUUUCGUCAAAAAUCAAUAUUUUGAAAAAUUCCUACGUACGAUAACAGAAAAUAUAUUCAAGAUUGCGUAAAAAAAUCAUUGGUUAAAAUGGGUCCACUAGAAAAACUUGUAGAACUCCCACUAUUUUACAAGGUUUUGGCCGCAUAGUGUACUACCCCCUUAAAAUAAAAAGGUUUUACAGGAUCCAGUUUUCUUCCAGUUUUUUGAAAAGUAUUAUUGGCAACCCUGGUUAUAUCUAUGAUAUAGCCGCAAAGUUGACGUAGGUAAUCAUUUGUUUAUAUUGACUGAAUGAGUGUUGUGUUCGUAUCCGCUUUUGUAAUCCGUUAUAGGAAAACACAUUCCGGAGUACAAUGCAUGCGAAGAAGUAGCCUCGGCUUGCAUGAACCAAUAACCUCAACUUCAUUUUUUUAUGCUAUAGAGGCUUCAAACUUGCAAGUUCAUUCGCCUUCAGUAUCUGUAGUGACAACUUUCCUAGGCUCCUCGGUUUUGUAGUUCGUGGCAAGGAAAUACAUUCUGGUCUACACAAAUGUAAGCGAGUACGAAGGGACCCGCAGCUUGUAAUUAUUUGCAAUGCUGAUUUCCCCAGACUUCUUAGUUUUGAAGUCCGUGUUAGGGAAAUACAUUUUCUCCAAUAAUAAUGCUGUAUGCUAUAUAGUCACAACUUUUUCCCAUCUUUCUGGCAAUUCACGGAUCCUUCUGCGGAAAAAAUCGGCCGGUGUGUCGGCUAACCACGAAUCAAUCCAAUUUUCGACUUCAUCAAAUUUGGAGUUCUGGUCAACCAACCAUGUUGCAUCGAUCGAAAGAGGUAGUAAUCGGACGGAUCAAUGUCUUGAGAAUACGGUGGGUGAGAUAGGACCUCCCAUUUCAACGUUUCCAAGUAUAUUUUGACCGGUUUCGCAACAUGCGACCGAGCAUUAUCGUGCUGCAAAUAACUUUAUCGUGUUGCUCGUAUUGUGGCCGUUUUCCUUUAAAGCACAGCUCAAACGCAUCAAUUGUCAUCGGUAGAUGUCCCCCGUAAUGGUUUCAUUCGGUUUUAGCAGCUCAAAGUACACCACACCCAGCUGGUCCCACCAAAUAGACAGCAUAACCUUCUGGCCGUAAAUAUUCCGCACGGCCGUCGAUGUUGAUGCAUGACCGGGGUAUCCAUACGUUGCCCGACAUUUAGGAUUGUCGUAAUGGACCCACUAUUCAUCGCCUGUAAUGAUUCGAUGCAAAAAAAUCCCUUUCUUUUAUGCCGUUGGAACAGUUGUUCGCACGUGAAAAAACGGCGUUCGACGUCUCGUGGCUUCAAUUCAUACGGCACCCAAUGUCCUAUCCUUCGGAUCAUUCCCAUUGCUUUUAAACGAUCCGAUAUGGUUUGCUGAGCUACUCCAAGUGUAUCUGCAAGUUCUUGUUGUGUUUGUGACGGAUCUUGAUCGUGUAAAGCCUCCAAUUCUUCAUCUCCAAACUUUUUGGCGGUCCGGAACGUUCUUCGUCUCCCAAGUCAAAAUGAGCACUUUUAAACCGUGCAAACCACGUCUGACUUGUUCACCCAGUUGGAGCACUGAACACUCCCACAAAACACUCUCGUUGGUACGGAAUUCGACAUUUUCGAAGUGGCAAAAAAAUAUGUUGUUUACGCUUCAACUUUUUGACAUAGACUGAUUCACUGGAAUAAUAAUCAAGUUACGCCAUCUGUUGUAAAACCGAAGAAACUUAUCGGUACUCCUAAUAUUUGGUUUUAAACGCGUUGAUUAUCUGUCCAACUCUCCCCAGCUAAUGUUCAGCUACCGUCUCAAAUGUUCUGCCGAUAAUGUCUACGUCUUCAGCGAAGCAAAUUAAUUGACUGAAUCUAUUGAAGAUUGUACCACGCAAGUUAAACGCUGAUCGUUUCACAACAAUGUUGCAAUGUUGAACAGUAGGCAACCUUGUCGAAGUAACCCAUCCGAUAAUCGCACACAGCACUUUAAUCUAUCCAUCUCAGCCUUAAUCAGUCUUAUCAAAUUCCCGGGGAAGCCGUUUUCUUCCAUGAUUCUCCAUAGCUCCAUAGCUCUUUUCAUAGCUCACCUUUAUGACAAUUUCGGACGAGUAGUAGUAGCAUCGUUUUUUUGGUUUUGAUCGAAAUCUCAAACAGUGACUCCUUCUGGUCAGUACCGGCGAUCGCCGAUUACGUUGGAUACAGCUUCACUGACGGUCACUUUAAAUUAAACAAUGAACAGGUCCGCCACACUUUUCCCACUUCCCAACUAGCUUCACGACUUUCACCAACGAAGAGACCACAUUCGCAAUGUCAUGAAUCUGUUGUUGAACGUCGCCUUAUUUUUGAUCCUGGGUAAACUGGGUCAUAUAAAACGCUACCAUUUCGUCAGUAGUCUGUCCAACGCUUAAAGUCCCUGCGCAACGCCGGAUAACAUUAACACCAGUGUAGUUUCUGUUACUGGGCGAGGUGUGAUGAUCGGACAUGACAGACUGCGGCUGAUUCUUGUUACCAUCAUCAUGAGCAAGGGAUGAAGAUGAAGACUCGUUGACAGAUGGUUCACUCAAGUUUUCAAUUGCCACGGCCGGUGUAGAUGCAAUCGUUUGAGGAGUGGUCCUAGUUAUGUCCGAGAAAUGCCGACCAUCUAUCAGAACAUGGUCGAUCUGAGUUUCUAUUUGUUUUGGUGACCUCCAGGUAAAUUGGUGGAAGAGUUUGCGUUGGAAGAAGGUACUACGUACUGUCAUAUUCUUAGAGGUGGCGAAAUGCAGCGCUACGAUUUCAAACUUGUGGUUCUUCAAUAACGCUUGCAUUUAAAAAAAGAAAUUUUCGGAUGGCGAUAAAAUGGGACGAAUUCCCAUAAAAGAUAUUUUUAUUAACCAUGUUCCAAAAAUAUUCUGACUCCCUGUCAGACGAUCCUCCGACAAUUGAGCGGAACUUUUGUCAUUGCUGUCGAAAACAUACGAAACAUACUUGUUCACAUGUUCCAGUUCUUUCUUAACUUCAUUGGUUAGUUUUUCCUCCGUUUUUACCACGAAAUUGUUGGAGCAGACCCUCCGCUUCAGGUUUGUCCAUAAAUUCUCAAUGGGACGCAGCUGGGGGUCAUUCCGAAGGUUGGCGGACUUCGGAAUAACAUCUAUCAUCAAGUGGUUAAUUUACUUCAGCGACCUCUUCGCGUAUUGGGCGGAGGACAGGUCCGGCAUCUUCCGGAAAACAUUCCCGGAUGAAAAAGGCAACUUCCGGCCGGCACUUUGUACUGUAUAUCUCCGCGGUCACCGCAAGUCCCGAGCGGAGGAAGAGCGGCUUUGACAUCCCCUUCUUACUGAUGAUUAGCCACGGGAGCAACUUCUAUGGGAACUUGGUGUGGGAGAUGUACAUCACGUCGUUUUUUUUUCACUGUCUGGCUCGUUGCUUCGACCUCCCGGCCCAAACCCCGGAACGGAGUAGCCACAUUUCAUUCCGCCUUCUGCUUUAGCUACAGCUGCACUUUACGAUCUUCCGUUCAAUGCUCUCAUUCUUCUCUAGUAGUGUAAGGAUAUUAUAGAUACCGGAAUCGACGUAUCUGGAGGACUCAAAGUAUUUGUUCUCACAGUUCGCACAAACCAUGGAACGCAGUUGAUUUGAGGUUUUCGCCAUAACUUCUGCAAUUCAACUGAUAGCGCUGUCAAAUUUUAUUUGAAAACUCAUGGCUUACUAAGAUUGACAAUACACAAGUGAUCUCAUUAGCAAGUAUUGAAGUGAAAGCAUGAUAAAUUGAUAAAUUUGUCCAUUUUUUUCAAUGCAAGCGUUAGUUCGGAAAGCACACGAAUACUACCGAUGAAAUUGAGAGAUCGACAAUUCCAUGUCCCGAGCUUCCAAUCGUUUACCUGUUUUCAUCGCCUGGAUCUAUUUCAAUUCAAAUCUUUUUGUGUAUCGUAUCGUUGGUUGCUCGUUGUUCUUAUGGCGCAGCUUGCAAGGCCUUCGAGCAACCCCGCUGUCUCGCAGGAGGAUCAUCGUGGUGACAUUGCCAGGCUUAUUGCUUAUCCCACCACACCCUAGACAGUUCCCCUGAACCACUGCAAGCCAGAAAAACGAUCUUUGAUAAUAGAACUAUUAACUCAAACGGGAAUCGAACUCAACGCCCCUGCCUUGGUAAGCGCCACGCCAACCACUUAGCCAUGGGGAUCACGCUAGCAACAUCGAAAACAUCAACAGGACAAUUUCAACUUGCUCACCUGGUAAGGUUGCACUGUGAAUCACGCGUAUUAUAGAGCUUACCACUCAGAAUGCAUUCAAGGCGUGUUAUCUGGCAUAGAAAUCUCAACUAAGUACUAAUAAAAAUGACGCAAGUAAUACUACGUUGAGACGGCGAAGUUCCUCUAAGAACGUUAGUGCCAUUGAAGAAGAAGAAGACCUGGUAAGGCCAGGAGGCCGAACAUCUCCAACAUAAAGAAAAAAAAAUAAUAUGGGUUCGCCUCACGAGCGUUCAAAUCUAAUUAGAAUCAAUGUAAUAGUAUGGCCAUUUUUUUGGAAAAUUCUCCCUGAAAAAGAAUGCUGCGCUCAAACCAAGUUGUUGCAACAUGUCAUUCCAACUACUGCCGCUUCCACCGACCCAAAAAGCGUAUCGUCUCACAUCCACUCAUCACAACCCGACGCAUCCAGGCAAAUGCAAGCAUUCCUGUAAAUAUGUUACACGACACGAAUAUGACAAGGCCCUAUGAGGUGUAAAUGUUCCUUAGAUUUUAUUACAUCCAUAACAGAAACCGGUGUGAUAGCAUCACUGUAAAUAAAGCAAACACAGAACGCAAUUUGUCGAAACAAAGCAAAAUCACAUACAAAUAACGCGAGGCUAGCGAGGCAGCGUGAAAGAAAAGUUAGUUAUCUAGUUAAGUUACACCGUUGUAUCAUGCAUUUAAUGUACAAUCCAAACUCACUUGUUUAAGUUGCAUCCUCUCCCCCCGUAAGUUAAACAAUCAAAUCUUAGUUGCAAUCACUGCUCAAUAGUUAGUGUGUUAUGCGGAUAGCAGCGCAGCGGACAGUUUGUACCGAACUGUGCUUUGAACUAAUAUAACAAACCGUCCAUCAGCUGGAACAGAACAGAAUCAUCAUUUCAGAGUCGUUUGUGGUGUACUGAGAAGAAUCUCCUUAGUUUUACACAGACACAGACAUCGGAGUUACUAUUCGACACUAUCGUUUUAUGAUAAAUAGAGGGGCCGAUUAAAACGGAUGUCCAUCAAGCAAAUAACGUUUCAAAUAGAAAAGCAUCAAGUUAAUACAAAUGAUAAAAAACAUGUUCAUAAAUAUACGAUUACCUAGUACCAGUAACGUGAAAUACAUUCAAAUUCAAAUACAUCAAUCACUUUACUAAACUAAUAUUUGUGUAAAAAAGACACGUGUAUUUUCUGACAACUGUGAUAAAAAUAAAGAAAAUAUUUCAUGAACAGAAUGGAAUGGUAAUUUCCGCUCAUACGCGAGAGUGGAACUCUACCGAAGCUACAUUGAAGGUUAUAUUGUUUUAGUUCAAGUUUAACGCGUAUAUUGAUUCAGUUGAAGAGCAUUUCUUAGUGAAAUAAUUAGAUUUUGUUAAUUCUUUUAAGUUCAAAACGAGUUUGUGAGCGCGUGUCCACAACGAACGAAAAUAACCAUAUUUUUGCCGACAGUGAUGAGCAGAAACAGCAAACCACUAGGACAAAAAAAACAAAACAAGUGCGAAUUUCUAUUCUAUUAGCGCAAAUAAAAUCAAUCCCGUACUACUUCUUUGGAAAAGAAAAAAAAAUAUUAAGAAUCACACUUUAGAAGAAAUGAAAUAAACUUUUUGUCGUAACCUAGGUGUAAAGAAAACCACAAGCAAAAAUGGAAGAAAUACAAAAAUCUAGAUGGCGGUGUAAUAUACCGAUGCAAACCUAUGGCUACCUAUGAAAUAAUACUAAUUUUAAUCUACUCACAGUAAAUAGAACGAACAAAUGGAGAGCGAAGAAACACUGGAAUCUAAACUGCAAUUAUAUUUAUAUGAUAGGUUUUAAUACCGGAAUGGCAAACACGGCGGCGCAUCAGAGACAGAUAUACGAUAUCCAAGGAAGCUCAGCGCUUGGGGUUUGAAAUUGAAUCGAACAAAGGUUUUGAACUUUAUCUAAACAAAAAUAAUUCAAUCUUGUACCGAAAACCUUGGGGUAAAAAAUCAAUUGCGAUUCGAAACAGAAAAAAUGACUAUUUUAUAAUUUACACUAUUUGCAAUUGUACAUCUUGACCUAAUGUAAACAAUUUCGAGAAUCAAACAGUAAAAAUAAAAUCUUAUAAAUGUA